AAAAGGUACUCCAGAGACCUCCUUGAUCCCCAAUUAUUCUCUCGUUACGAUCAUGGGCCGCUGGACACAGUAUGACGAGGACAGCUACCGCCUGCCUGAGGGCAUGAAGAGGGUGGGCUACGACUCAGACACUAGCAAAUAUUACUUUCGAGACCGGGACGGCACGCUGUGGGAGGGCCCAGAGGGCGCGGAAUACGGGGAGAUGAGACAAGUCUCGGAUGCACCAAUUGCGCUGGAUGAUCAUGAUGAGCAUGCACACAACGAGGAAGACCUGGAGGCCGCUCCUACCCGUGCGGACGGUUACCAACCCCUUGCAGUCGACCCCGACCAACCCCCACAUCGCAGCAGCGGCAACACUCAAGCAUACAAGAUGCUCUUUCCUUUCCUCCUUAUCGUUGCCGUCGUCCUCCUACUCGUCAUCCGACUUGUCGUCUACCAUUCGCGUCCGGACCCUGACCACCCUGACGCAUCGCUCUGUCCAGGCAAGAGCGAGGUGGCACAGGUCAACACGGGCGACACUUGCUGGAAGCUUGCGCAGACGAGCAACAGCACAUUGGAAGAGCUCCUACACGUCAACCCUGGUCUAGACUGCAACCAACUGUUGCCUGGGCAGAGUAUAUGUCUGCCAAAGGCUGGAUGUAUGGAUUAGACGGAACUCGGAGACUCCGUCUCUCAUCCAUUACGUGCUUUCUCAUCUCGGCACUCAUUCGUCUCUGACAUUGUGCUCAAGCUCGUUGUAUAUCACCUUUCAGUUUCUAAUUGUCAUAUCUGUCUCGGAUAUUAUGACGGUAGCUCCAUGGGUCGUGUGCAAGUCCAGCCCUUCCUUCGACCCCGG